AUAUCUGAACAACCAGAUGUCUUCAAUCAUUCCCUUGAUCUCUUCAGAACGCCCUCUGAACAGGUGAGGAUAGCGGCAUCGUCCGCGGUUGGGGGCAUUGCUGUUGGAAAUAUCCAGACCUUCCUACCUGUCAUCGCCCGGGGUUUACAAGGAGAGGAACACAGUCGGCUGUCCGCUUUGCAUGCUCUUCGAGAAGUCGUCACACAUGGGCCCAGGCAUCAGCUUGAGCAUAUGGCGGACCAUUUAUGGGAGCCUCUGUUUGCGAGUACUACGAGCGAGAACGAGAACGAAAGCGUGAAGAACAUCGCUGCUGCAUGCUUAGGCAGGCUCACCACAACCUGCCCUGCCCGCUUCUUGCCUCGUCUUCAGGCUUCCAUGGCGCGGGAGAAUCCUCCCGGGGUCAAGGCUGCCGUGGCAACCGCUAUGCGCUAUGUUUUCAUGGAUAAUACGCAAACCUACAACGAUUUACUACAGCCUAUCCUUUCGCCUUAUUUCACGCUUCUUCGUGACACCGAUAUCAAUGUGCAACGCCUCGCAAUUGUUUCCCUCACUGCUGCAGCCCGUCAUAAAUCCCACCUCGUUCGCCCACAGCUCCCCCAUAUCCUGCCAGAUCUUUAUGCCCAAACUCCCGUCCGCGAUGAAUUGGUGCACACUGUGGUCAUGGGACCAUGGAAGCAUCAAAUCGACGACGGGUUAGAAGCCCGAAAGGCAGCUGACGAAGCUAUGUAUACCCUUGUGAGCAGGGUCUCAAAUUGA